AUGAAGCGGGCCCCUGCGUCGGUGGGCGAGCGUCUCAAGUUCUCCACCGCGGUGCGAUAUCGAAAGCGUCGAACGGAAGACGGGGAGCUAUGCGCGCAUCUCGCCGCUGCCGCCGCAUCCCGUUUCGCUUGGUCCGUCCUCCAAUCGCCUCCGACCUCCGAACCGAGAGGGUCCCGCCGCCUCUGUCCUCCUCAGUCGUACUCUGCGCGUCGCAGCGGCCGCACGUGCGCUCACAACGCGCGCACCGCUCGAGCUUUCGAUUCUUACCUGUGGAUUGUCAGUGACAUGUGCCGU